AUGUCCAACCCCAAGGACUCGCUCGUCUUCAGCCCCGGCCGUCCGCUCUUCCCGUCCGCGGCGGCGCUGCUCGCUUCAGCCCUCUGUGGCGCAGCCGCGGCGCUCGUGGCUCAGCAGGUGGGCUCACACCUCAGCCGCCCGACGCAAGACUCUGCGACGCCAACGGCCGCGUUCGAGCACACCCGCGCCGCCGCCGUGCUGGGCGAGCUGACCCCCGCCGAGGUGUCUGCGGUCGCACGCUUCUUCAUCACUGCGACCGGAGCGGCGGCGCGGCGCGGGCUCGUCGCCAACACCAGCCAGCCGUGGAUUGCGGGCCCGAGUGGGGUGGAGCUGUUCGCACCGCCCAAGAGCGACGUGCUCGCGUACCUCGACGACGGCGGCGCACAGCCUCCUCGCCAUGCCCGCGUGACGGCCGUGCUACCGUCCGAGGGCGCCGCCACGCCACCAUCACCCGCCCGCGCGACCGCCGAGUACCGCGUCGGGCCGCUGCUGCCGGGAGGCGUGGUCGCUCCCUCCGCGACGGUCGAGGAGGUUGCGCGCGUGACGCCGCUCUCGAAGCGGCCGACCGAGCCCGGCGCAGACGCCGCCCUCGCGGCGCCGCUGCUCGACGCGACGCUGCGCGCCAUCGGCGGCGAGAUCCUGCACGGGGCGAUGGGUCCAAUCUUCCCCGCCCUCGCGCCAGCGGGCGGGUUCGACCGCGAGGCGCGCGGCGAGGCGAUCAGCAUGAUGGUCAACGACGCCCUCUCUCCGACCGGCCAGCGGUACGACAUCUACCGCUUCCAGUGGCUGCCGCCCCGCCGCGUCUCCUCGCUCGAGUCGUUUUGGCUCCACCCGCUCCCGCUCCGCAUCCGAGUCAACGCCACCGCGGCACGGCCGUCGAGUGGCCCGGCGCUGCUCGACGUCUCUUUUGGAGGGGAGCGGGCCUUCUUCUACUCUGACGCGGCGUGGUCCCUCUCGAUGCUGUCCGCCUCGCUCGAGCCCGGCGUCGACUGCCCGAGCGGCGCGUGCGUCGAGGCGGCGACGCGGCGUUGCGCAACCUACCUCGAGGCGGCGACGUGGUACCAGCUGCAGGAGACCGGUUCGGCGGUGGCGGACGCGACGCGGGCGGUCCCGUUCUACCCGACCUGCAUCUUCGAGUGGCAAGAGGACCAUACCAUCUGGAGGCACAUGCAGAACACCGAGCCGCCGCGCGUGCGCGGGCUCGGGCGGCGGACACUCGUGGUGCGCUCGAUCGCAACGGUGGCUAACUACGACUACAUCACCGACGUCAAGUUCCGCGAGGACGGCGAGAUCGAGGCGUCCGUCCGCUUCGCCGGCUACAUCGAGGCACGGCACUACACCGAUCACGACACCGAGGCGGGAGGCGACGCCGCGGCGCACGAGUCGCUCUACUCGUCCCUCCUCCGGCCGGGCCUCGCGGGCCCGGUGCACUGCCACAUCGCCGCCUUCAAGGCCGACUUCGACAUCGGAGGCGUGCGCGCAAACACUCUGCGCGUCACCUCUGUCGGGGCGAGCGACGCGCCGCCGUCGCCGCGCGAGCCCUUCCCGCGGCCGCGCCACCCGUACAAGGUGCUCUCGCACCGCGACGUGGAGGCGGAGGGCAUCGGCGCCUCCACCUUCCACCCCUUUGUGCGCGCGAUGCCCUUCUCAAAGUACCACCUCGCCGUGACGGCGCACCACGACCACGAGCGCCGCCUCACCUCGCCGUACGUCCAGUACGACGGCGAGGAGGCGAGCGGCGCGCAGGACCUCGACCGCUUCCUCUCCGACGGCGAGUCGCUGCUCGACGCCGACCUGGUCGCGUGGAUCGCGGUGGGGCGCGAGCACGUCGUGCGGCAGGAGGACCUGCCGCUCGUCUCCAACUUUGGGGAGGCCAAGGAGAAGAAGGAGGCCAAGAAGGCGCCGUCUGCUUGCACGCUCGAGGAGGAGCGGAGGGCGAAGGCUGCGGCCGAGGUUCGCGCACAGGAGGAGAAGGCGGCGCGGCUGGCUGCUGAGCAGGAGGCAGCGAGGCGGGCGGAGCGCGAGGCGGCAGAGCUAGCGGGUGCGGCAGAGCGGGCGGCGCUGCGAGAGGCUGAGGAGCUAGCAGAGGCGCUGCGCCGGUCGGAGGUGGAUGCGGAGGAAACGCUGGCGCGUCGGGUGUUGCGGUGCGAGGAGGCGGUGAGCAGCGAGUCGACCGGCGGCGGCGGGGACUUGCAGCGGCGUGUCGAUCGGCUGGCGAGCCUCGGCGCGGCGACCGAGGGUAGCCUCGAGGAGCGGGUCGGCGCCAUCGAGCGCUUGAUCGAGCCAGAGGCGGGAGAGGCGGCGGAGCAGCAUCUGCCAGUCACCGAGCCGUUUGCUGCCGUCUCACUAGCCGACGCCGGCCUCGACACGGGACGGCCGGCUGCCCCCGAGUCCACGAUGGGGGGGGAGAGACCACGUGUAUCGUGUGUUUCGCGAGAGUCAAGUCGCAUGCUGCGGUUCCGUGCGGGCACUUGUGUGCUUGCGGGCCAUGCUCUGAGCUCAAUGCGAGAGUGCCCUUACUGCCGCGAGCCAGUGAUGAUGUGGAUGGUUCCGCGUCCGGUCUAG